ACAUUUGGUGCGACGGAAGUGGUUCCGACAACCAGGGCCGUUCUGUUUUCUGGCUGAUUCAUUGUAGCUCGCUGAAUUGGUCUGACUGCGCGCAGAAAAGGCAAUCAUUUAAUCACCUGAACCAUUUGACAGCAGAUCUCAGUAUGGACCGGCUGCUGAGGCUCGGAGGUGGAAUGCCAGGGCUUGGCCAGGGACCCCCCACAGAUGCCCCUGCCGUGGACACUGCAGAACAGGUGUACAUCUCCUCUCUGGCCCUGCUUAAGAUGUUGAAGCACGGGCGUGCUGGUGUGCCGAUGGAGGUCAUGGGAUUGAUGCUGGGAGAAUUUGUUGAUGACUACACAGUGCGUGUGAUCGACGUGUUUGCCAUGCCCCAGUCCGGAACAGGAGUGAGCGUAGAAGCUGUGGACCCCGUCUUCCAGGCUAAGAUGUUGGACAUGUUGAAGCAGACGGGCAGGCCGGAGAUGGUCGUUGGAUGGUACCACAGUCACCCCGGUUUCGGGUGCUGGCUGUCGGGCGUGGACAUCAACACACAGCAGAGCUUCGAGGCGCUGUCAGAGCGAGCGGUUGCAGUGGUCGUUGACCCCAUCCAGAGUGUCAAAGGAAAGGUAGUUAUUGAUGCUUUCAGACUGAUUAAUGCCAACAUGAUGGUGCUGGGUCAUGAACCAAGGCAAACCACGUCCAACCUGGGUCAUCUGAACAAGCCAUCAAUCCAGGCUUUGAUUCAUGGACUUAACAGACACUACUACUCCAUCACCAUCAAUUACAGAAAGAAUGAGCUGGAGCAAAAGAUGCUGCUGAACUUGCAUAAGAAGAGCUGGAUGGAGGGCCUGACCCUGCAGGACUACAGCGAGCACUGCAAGCUUAAUGAGACUAUUGUCAAAGAAAUGCUGGAGCUGGCUAAGAACUACAAUAAGGCUGUUGAAGAGGAAGAUAAAAUGACCCCAGAGCAGCUGGCUAUUAAGAAUGUUGGAAAACAGGAUCCAAAGAGACACUUGGAGGAGCACGUAGACGUUUUAAUGACAUCCAACAUCGUUCAGUGCCUAGCUGCCAUGCUGGAUACGGUAGUUUUCCAGUGAUGGACCCCUCUGUGUAUAACUGUUCAUAUUACAACCAUUCUUUUCUUUUAUAUAAAAAUAAAUGUAUGUUGGAAAUUA